CUACACUUCACACAAACAUUGAACACUGCAAAACUAAGAUUCGAUUUUUUUCGUCUCCUUACACGUCAAGGAACUUUGUGAAAUAGAAACCCGAUUUUUGAAUUCUGAUUUUAGGGUACAUACCACCUGCACCGUUCUUAUUUAAAACAACAAACAAGAAUUCAGAACGAGUUAAAAGCGAUUUAAAGAUAAAAUGGAAUUGUAACAAAGAACUGGGCAAUAAUAUAAAAAGAGAAAAAAGAAGCUCUGGACACGAAGUUCGUCUGAACUUACGGAGCUAUUCUACGACGGGACAAUAUGGCUCGGCCUGAAUUAACUUGAUAGAAGUAAAGACCUCGUAAAGCCAUCGUUUACUAGAAUUUAUCAUCAUUAAUAAUUAAUAUUAUUAUGUAUACAUUUUGCAUUCAAUUUUAAAUUUCAAACAAUGUUUAACUUAAAAAAUUUAUAUUUGUGGCAAUAACACUUCGCCACUCUGGUCAACGGAGGGAAACAGCAAUCAAAUACUUUUCUACAAAAGAUGUGGUGGAAAAACAAUCCAAUCGAAAACUAGUGAAAUCAUAAUGAGCCGCAGAAAUGGUAGUUAUCACAUGAACACGACACUCGAUCGAGUUGGAUUUUUAAGUGAUAUAUCAGAGGGGGAAAUGGACAGCGGUCUCGACAGUGGGGGAGAGGAAAAUUUUAAAAGCGACAGAGUAUCGGCACGCAUACCAAAGAGUUUAAUACACGACGGAAAUAUGAGAGCUUUUUGUGAACUCGACGGAAACAUCGAAACUCUGGAAGCAGAAAUAAUCAAUGGAUGCGAUCGCUUGAUGAAAGCUGUGGAACGACGUCGAGAUGCAUUACUUCGAAGUGUACAACAGAUUAGAGAAGAGAAAUUAAAAUCUCUUCAAAGAAGCGAUGAUUUAAUCUCAAGCAAAGAUAACCAUCUUCUCAACUGCAUUAAAAACGGCUCUCAUUUGGGAAGUUGUUUACGCUUUGUUACAGAUGAUUCAAUUUUUAGUUUGAUUGACGAGUAUGGAACGAUCGACGAAGGCCGUGCAUCAGCUGAAAAAUGUGAAGCUACAGGUGUUGGACUCAAAUAUGGAAUUGCAGACGAACCCACUCAAUUUGAAUUAAAAACAUUUGACAGGAGUGGAGAAUUAAGUUGGGUUGAGCAAGACAAAGUUGAUGUUUUUAUCACAAAAGAUAAUCAAGUCUUCCCCUGUGUUGUUCAAAACAAAUGCACCGGUGUUUAUGACAUACUGUACGAACUUCAACAACCCGGUAGAUAUGAAAUAAAUGUACAGGUGAAUGGCCACCACAUAAACCAAUCGCCCUACAAAUGCAAUAUUUUCGAGAAAUGCGACUUAAAGUUUUUUGACACUGAAGACAAACCAGAGUGGACAUUUCAAAGUGGAGAUAAAUCUGCACUGGUAGAAAAAACAGAAAUUCGAAGAACUUCAAAACUUUAUUCAAAUAUUACUCCACCAGCCAAAGCAUGGAAAGUGCGUGUGACCACAGCAUGUACAAAAAUUAAACUUAAGUUCGGUUACUCGAACGUGUCGACUUAUAUUCCUGACUUUUACGACGAGUACUUUUGCAAGUUCAAUCUGAGUGAGUUGAUCUCAAACGAGCAACAAACGCCGCAUCAUCACACGUACAUGUCGCAGCGUCGACACCGACACAGCAGAAACGAAAGGAAACAAUCCACUUUUCUUCGCAGUUCCCUGACCUUCCUUAUCUUUCUGGACAGCGAAUCAAAAAUUAUUCACGCCGCAGUGGAAGGGACUCAACAUGAGAAAAAAUCAAGUUUCAAAGAUGAUGGACAACCACUGGUACCAUUUAUUGGUAUCAAACACUUUUGUAAAAAUGCUUCUUGCCCAAGACCCAUGCUAGUUUUCGCUUAAAUCACUGACAGUUACUGCGCAAGUCGGUAGGAGUAAAAUAUUACUAGUAAAAGUGAAUGACAUAUAGACGUUAAAACCAAUAAUAACAGAUAAUAAUCCCGCGUACCAUCACCACUGUAAAGGGGAUGUGUGAUAAGGAACACACGAGUUGAACUUUAAACCAAGAAAUCCAGCCAAGUUUGAAUAUGGAAGAUAUAUAAAUAUAUAAAAUAACGAAUAUAUACAAAUAUAUAAAAUAUGUAUACUAGAAAUUGUAAAUGCUAAAAAAUGCAUAUGUAAAUUAAUUUUUUAAUUUAUUAAGUUUGGCUUAAGUUUUUUUUGUUGUCUUUUGUAUGUCAUAUGUAAAUACAACAUUGUGUAUAAUAAAAAUAGCAGCAAA